UCCACCUGGUUGCUGGGAUUGGAUUGGGACACGCAGCUCCCUGACACCGACGUCCGACGAUGGCUCGAAUUCCAGGCCGGACUGCCUCUACUGGAAACGAUCCGAGUGCCCCGAUGGCUGGAGAGCGAUCAAGAAGGUGUUAAGCGCGAACUGCACGGAUUCGCCGACGCCUCGGAAAAAGCGUACGCAGCGGUGGUCUACCUGCGGACCGAAAGCUCGAGCGGCGAAGUAGUCGUGAGCCUCGUGACGGCGAAAACCAAAGUCGCUCCGUUAAAGCAGGUCAGUCUUGCACGGUUGGAGCUAAACGCUGCCGCCUUACUCGUCCGACUCGCCAAUCAUGCUCGGCGGGUCCUCAAGAUAGAAGAGGAUCCGACCCAUCUGUGGACUGACGCGACCGUAGUGCUGGGCUGGAUUCGAGGUCACCCUGCUUCCUGGAAGACAUACGUGGCAAACAGAGUGAGUGAGAUUCAGCUCACUCUCCCUGACGCUUAUUGGCAUCACGUCCCCGGGCGUGAAAACCCCGCCGACUGCGCGUCCCGAGGCCUCUUACCAAGGGAACUCGUGGAGCACCCGCUCUGGUGGCAGGGCCCGGCGUGGCUCCGAACUAAAACCGGUCCGUGGCCCGCUCCCUUGGACGACGAAGUACCAGUCGACCUCCCGGAACGGCGCUCUCACAUACAUGCCGUGGCAGCCGCUACGGAGGAGCCCGAGCUGCUGACGAGGUACUCAUCCCUGACGAGCUUGGCGCGGACGACAGCUUGGUGCCGCCGUUGGCUGCGGUGCCUGCGGGCGAGGCGGACUGCCCACGAGAAGCAGCCCGAUUCCUCCGCGGGGCUCGUACUAACACGCGAGGAGCUCAGCGACGCCAUCGUGGGUUGGAUCGGCUGGGUUCAAUCCAUUCAUUUCAAGGGGGAAGCGACGGCCCUCCGAAAGAACGCUCCGCUGCCGGCGCGCAGUUCCAUCGCCUCGCUGAGCCCCUUCCUGGACGAGCGAGGCCUACUCCGCGUCGGCGGUAGACUCAAGAACGCCAUGCUUGCCUACGACGCUAGGCACCCUGUGAUCUUACCGGGACCGUCACGAUUAACGAGGCUUAUCGUGGAGGCGUGCCAUCGGCGGACAUUGCACGGAGGCGUGCAGGCGACCCUCGGAGCCCUUCGCCAGGAGUACUGGGUCCCUCGCGGUCCUACAUUGGUGAAAGGGUGUAUUCGGCGUUGCGUGACGUGCGUGCGAUGGCGGGCGGCCUCUCCACAGCCUCUCAUGGGAAGCCUCCCUGGUCCUAGGGUGACUCCCGCUCGGCCAUUCCUGAACACCGGAGUCGACUACGCCGGACCGGUGUGGCUGAGAACCUCCAAGGGACGGGGCCAGCGGGCCUCUAAAGCAUUUAUCGUUGUCUUU